AGAGAGAGAGAGAGAGAGAGAGAGAGAGACGCCGUGGCUGCCUGCCUGGAUAAGUUCGCUCUCUCUACUCAGUGUGUGAGGAAGGUCUGCUGUGAGCGGGCUUGUCCGGCGUGGCUCCCACUUAAAAGGCGGGAAAAUAUUUUCACUAAAUAUUUGAUAUUUGGCCUUCAAGAACACGUGGAAAGAAAGAGAGCCAUGUAAAAUAAGCAAGCCCUGUCAUUCUUAUCCGUCUCACUGUCAGCUUGCCUUCCGAAACCCGCACUUGAACUGUGAGAGUGAAUCGUGCGAUACUGAAAAUAUGCUGCGACUGAUAAAGAAAAAAGGCGGUCUGUUGUAGUGAAAACAAAUGCCAGUGGACUCGGAGCGCAGAACUCGAACCGUUUCUGACCACGGCGGAGGACUUGCCAUCGAAUACGAACCGUUUGAAUCUCGGAGCAGAGUGUUUUGUGAACGACAGAGAAACGUUGCGAAAUUAGCUCCCUUCGAUCAGGAUUGGAUGCGUUUUUGAAGAGAGAAAAAUUGCCUCUAUAUCUUGGAUCCAUUCGAGACUGUGAUGAUGAAUUAGUGGCGACCCAGGUUGUAUUGGUGGUGGUGUAAGCGUCUCGCGCAGGGAGGUACGUGCGAAAUUAUUCCCCCGAGUCUAUAGAAUGCCUGCCACCAUCAACAUGUAUGGGGAGUCCGAUUAUUUGACGGCUCCCUUAGCCUCAGUGGAAGACCUCUCCAGGGUCAACACCCCGGGGGGUUCUCCGUCUCUCAGACCCCGCAGCAAGCACCCAGCCCUGGAGGAUCCCAACUGGGAACCACCAGAGGAACCCACAGUACAACCUCAAGACGUUGACUUGACUAUAGAACCCACUGCUCUAACCCCCUUGCAACCAGCCGUUCAGGACCAGCAUGCUGGUCUUCCAGAUCGUAUAUUUUUCCAGACAUUACCUUUCUGUUUCAUGUUCCCUGGUCUUUUUGGUAAUGUCAUUAUUUAUUCUUUUCUCUCUCUUCCAGGUUUAAAGCUGGUUUUCAUGACGCUUGUUCUCCAUGGCGUAGGAACUCUGAUGCCAUGGAAUAUGUUCAUCACAGCCAAAAAUUAUUUUGUGGACUACAAGCUCGUAGGAGAAGAUGGAGAAGUAUCCUCGUAUGCAACAAAUUUCCUUCCCUACAUUGGAUAUGCCGCACAAAUUCCUAAUGUUCUCUUCAACUGGCUCAAUAUCUUCAUACAGUUUGGGGGUAACCUAACCACCCGAAUUGUAUGGAGCAUCCUAAUAGAAGUAGUGGUGUUUGUGUUCACAGUGGUCUUAGCCAUGGUAGACUCCUCAGAAUGGCCUGGUGUAUUUUUCUGGAUUACCAUUGCUUCUGUUGUCAUCCUCAAUGUUGCUAAUGGUAUUUACCAGAACACUGUGUAUGGUAUGGCGGCAAGACUGCCUUUUGCUUACACUGGGGCUGUGGUUUUGGGUUCAAACAUCAGUGGGACCUUCACUGCCAUUAUAAAUAUCUUAUCGAUUGGACUGGCACCUAACAUUAGAACAUCUGCCAUCUACUACUUCAUCACAGCGCUGUUUGUAUUAUUAGCGUGUUUCGACACUUACUUUGCACUGCCUUUAAAUCGUUUCUUCCGUUAUCAUGAAGCUCAACAUGAAAGGGCUAAGAAAGCUGCAAAGAGAGAUCCAAGCAAACCAAGAAUACCCUAUGGUCAUAUCUUCAAAAAGGCAUUCCCUCAGCUCUUCAAUGUCUUCUUGGUCUUCUUUGUUACGCUAUCUGUCUUCCCUGCGGUUUUAGCAGAUACAUGUAGGACAGAAGAAAACUUUCCAGUACCACCGAAGUACUACCAAGCUGUAACUUGUUUCCUUACCUUCAAUUUAUUCGCCAUGUUAGGAAAUAUGCUACCAGGACUUAUAACUUGGCCAUCCCCUAGGUUCCUUUGCAUCCCAGUGAUUCUCCGCAUAUUCUUGAUUCCUGCAUUUGUCCUGUGCCACUUCUAUCCAGUCAACGUUGAACGCGUCAUGCCAGUUCUUAUAGAUUCAGACUGGGCAUACUGGGUUUUGGCUGUCAUAUUGGGUCUCACCUCAGGAUAUUAUUCUUCUUUAGCAAUGAUGUAUUGCCCAAGGACUGUUGAACCUGAGUAUGCACCAGUAGCAGGCAUGAUGGGUGCAGCAUCUCUUAUCACUGGAAUUUUUGCUGGUAUCAAUUUUCAGAUUGUUUGUACAUGGGCUGUUACAAAAAUUUCUUUUGAAAUCCCAGGGUAUGAAUUCCCCAUGAGGAACUGCACUGAUCGUCUUAGCUAGAAGGAGGUGGUUACAGUCAUAGAGUUUUUACAUUGAAAUUAGGUAUAGUAAGAUUGAAAGCCUUGUUUGAUGUUCAAAUUAGAACUGUUUCCUAAGUAAGAAAUCAUGAAUUUUCAAGGCUUUGAUGCAAGAAUGUAAUUUUUUAAUGUAAUAGUUUGUGUUAACUUUAUCAAAGAUAUGAAAAAAUGCCUUGCAGAGAAUAAUGCAGGAACAGUUUUUUAGUAAUUCUGCAUACGUACAUAACUAAGAAUUUAAAGUGUGAAGUUUUAUACUGUUAUAAGUAUGCAUUUACACUAAAUGGUCUUUUCAAGCAUUGGUAUUAUAUAGGUUAUGUUGGUGCCGCACUACUAAACUGGAAUUAAUAGUAGUCAUAUUUAGGACCCAUAUGAAACAAGUUAUUGUCAAGGCUUUUUUUUUUUUUUUUAAAGAAAGGACAAAUUUGUGAUGUAAAAUGUAAGUUACUGAAAUUUGUACAGAUACAUUGUUCGCUCUAGUUCCAUUUUCUUAACAGCAUGAGAGAAAUGAUAAAACUAGGCUUUGUAAACUAAAACCUAGAAUUACAGCCAAUGUAAUAUUUCAGAAUCUGAAAGUUGUGCGUAUUGAACUGCCUUUGCCUUUCGUACGUUAGCUGGAUUUGCUAGACUCCCCUGGGGACUGGGAAAUCCUGUUAAUGUAGAACUCUUAAACGAAAACAGAAUAACGACCUCAUUAUCUAAAUAUCCCCUAGGUAAAAGCUGUUUGAUGUUGCUGGCCAUAGAGUGCAAGAGUUACAUUUUGGUUGAAGCAUUUAUGAUAAAUCAUAGCAAGGCUUCCUUUUCAUAUACAGUGAAUAAUUCCUGGAUACAUCAUAUAUCAACUAAAAUUGACAUAAACUUUUGCUUUGGCAGUGGUAUUUGUCUUUAAAUACAAUUCAAUAUGAUACAUGUAACAUAAAAACAUAGAAUUGCAGAUGCACUUGUGAAAAGUCUUUGGCAAAGCUGUUGUACAGUGCUAUGAACAUGUAAAUACUUUAGGUUAGUAUGAGUUAUGAAAAUGGGUAGCAGAUCUUCACAAGUAUAGGAAAGCAGUUGUAUAAAGGUUUUGCAGGUUUUAAGAAUUAAAAUCAUUUUGUACUUGUAUAUUUAUUGCCAUAAUGUUAAAUCUUGUGAGUAACAGUAUAAUUAAAGAGUAUAAUAAUGUUUUCUUAUGAAUGAACCCCCCAAAGCUAUGUGUAUGAUACAAAGUGACUGAAUUAUGAUAUCAAACAGUAAAAGUAUAUAUACUGUACAUUUAAUCAAAUGUGUAUGGUAGCAUAUCACUCUUUUUACAGCCAUACUUUGUUUUAACACCCAAGUGCAAUGUCUUACAGAUACAGUAAUUAAGUUUUGUGAAAAUGAUGAAUUAGGUGAAAACUCCCAUGGUGUAUAAGUCAUAAUGAGUUCAAUCUCUGUACGUAUAUUCAGGAUCCUGUAAUAAUUUAGUGUCUCAGGUCACAAAGAAUUUCGUUUUGUAUUUACUGAUUCUUUUUUUAUACAGAUCAUCAACAGCUGUUAGUAUAGAUACAUUUAUCAUUUUUCCCCAAGUCAAUAUGGAGAUCAAUUAUGAUUGGAUUCAGUUUAUUUUAAACAAUUCCAUAGAUAUGGUAUUAUUUAAAGGCCAAAUUUGAUUUUUCCUUAUGUUUUUACUAUGUUCAUAUACCUAAAACUUCUACCCUAUCACAAUUAGAUUUCAAUUCACAGUGUAAAGUCAUCUCUGUUAUCUAGAUAGGUCAAGUCUCUAUUAAACAACUAUUCUCAUUACAAAGUUACAGAUUUUUACUGAAAUGUUAUCACUGGUUUAACCAUUUUACUUGCUACUUGUAAGUCUUAUUCAUGUUUUUGUAUUUCACAUCCAGAAAAGUGAUUGCUUUUGUGUAUACUAUAAUUCAUCUGCUUGCAUUAUCAAAUCAGUGUGACUAUCUUCCUUGUUACUAUGAUACUUUAUAAGGAUUUUAGACUUACCCAUAAUUGGGAAUAAAGUUUUAACUGUCCUUGCAUUGGUUUGACUGUAAGUUUCAAUAGCUUUUGUUUAGAUGCCUUCUGAAGUGCAUUAUUAUAGCAAAUUCAAAGUGAACCAUAUAGUCUUGAGACAUGAGUGCAUUGCACUUAAUAUAUUUUGUUUUUAUUUAGUACUUACUGUUGUAUGUAUGAAACCUAGUUUUAUAUGAAAGGAGUGUACUUUGUUCACUUACAUUUGGUAACUACCAGGAAAAAACUUUGAGCUGUUUAACUGUGUUAAUUGCCAAAAAGUGUUUCAGGGGAGGGUGCACAAAAUACAUUGCAUUACGUAAACCAGUGUUUUUCUAAGUCAUGUAUAGGGAACUAAGUUUUACUUCUUGUGUAUGGUUCAUUGUUGUGCAUCUGUAUUAUGAGAUCUGUAUAGAAAAAUCAGAAUCCUUCUUGUAUUAUACAUACAGUUUGUUACUGCAGAGGAACAAACACAAUCACAUGUUAAUUUUAAUGUACACAAGUCCUUUCCCAGUAGUAAUAGAAAAUUUGAAUAGGACUCUUAUUUAUUGGUUAUAGUUAUUUUUAUAUGAUUCUGACUUUGUAUCAUAAAGUCUGUACAAAUAGGAAUGACUCAGAAAACAGGUUUGAUUUAUUAAAGCAGAGUACAAUCUCUAAGAAAUUACUAAAUACAUUGUUCCUUGUUAAUAAUA